AUGACAUAUGAAAACUUCCAGGACGUGGAGAGUGAGGAGAAAGUCCAAGGGGUUAGAAAUGGGCCGCCUCCUCCCCAGUCCCUCCUGCAGCGUCUCCGCUCUGGGCCCGGCCUCCUCCUGCUGUCCCUGGGCCUUGGUCUCCUGCUGCUGGUCAUCAUCUGUGUGGUUGGAUCCCAAAAUUCCAAAUUUCAGAGGGACCUGGUGACCCUGAGAACAGAUUUUAGCAACUUCACCUCAAACACUAUGGCUGAGAUCCAGGCACUGACUUCCCAGGGCAGCAGCGUGGAAGAAAUGAUAGCGUCUCUGAAAGCUGAGGUGGAGGUUAUCAAGCAGGAACAGCAGGCAGUUCAUUCUGAAAUGCUCCUGCGAGUCCAGCGGCUGAUGCAAGACCUGAAUAUACUGACCUGCCAGGUGGCUACUCUCAAGAACAAUGGUGAGGAAGCCUCUACUGAAAGGACCUGCUGCCCCGUCAACUGGGUGGAGCACCAAGACAGCUGCUACUGGUUCUCUCGCUCUGCGAUGCCCUGGGCCGAGGCUGAGAAGCACUGCCAGCUGGAGAACGCCCACCUGGUGGUCAUCAACUCCAGGGAGGAGCAGAAUUUUGUCCAGGAACAUCUAAGCUUCGCAUACACCUGGAUGGGCCUCAGUGACCGUGAAGGAGCCUGGAAGUGGGUGGAUGGAACAGACUAUGAGACCGGCUUCCAGAACUGGAAGCCAGGCCAGCCAGACGACUGGCAGGGGCACGGGCUGGGCGGAGGCGAGGACUGUGCCCACUUCCACCCAGACGGCAAGUGGAAUGACGACGUCUGCCAGAGGCCCUACUACUGGGUCUGCGAGGCUGGUCUGACCCAGGCCAGCCAGGAGAGUCACUGAGCUGCCUUUGGUGGGACCACCUGGCCGCAGAAAUGGCGGUGGGGAGGAGGACUCUACCCAGGACCUCCCCUCAAGACCGCUCUGGCAGAGGAAUAAGCCCUGGGAGACUGGGAGACUGCCAACAUUUUGAAUGUUUUUUCUCCCUAACUUUAAAAAGAUGGUAUAGAGUUCUUAAGCUUUUAUUUUUUUUCCAACUUUUGAAAGUCAACUUCAUGAAGGUAUAAUUUUUACAGAAUAAAAAUGCACUCAUUUAAAGAGUAGAGAUGACUUUGACAAAUAUGCGUGCCUAGGUGACUACCACUCUGAUCGCAAUAGGUAACACUGCCAUCGCCCCCACCCUCAUGCCUCUAGGCAGUCCAACCACUUCCCUGUUUCCAGGCAACUAGUGGUCUACUUUUUUUCCACUGUUAACUGGCCUUGCCUCUUCUAGAGCUUCUAGAACUUCAUAUAAGUGAAAUCAUACACUGUUGUGUAUAUACUUCAUAUAAGUGAAUAUAUAUUCUCGUGAGAACUUA